UUUCGCCAAACAUAUUUUAAAACAUAAUUCAAGAACGAAAAAUAAAUCCUGAAAAAGCUCCCCUCCUUUUUCUCAUUGCUCUCUGAUUCUUUCUUCCUGUCGACCAUUUUCUUGGACUGAAACUGUUUGAGUCAAAUUUUCCAUUGAUGUCUGAGCCAUUAGAACACGAUUACAUAGGCUUAUCAGACUCAUCUUCCAUGGAAAGAAGCUCUGAAUCCUCCAAUUUCUCAACGGAAACUGAAAAGAACAAUGCUUUUAACCUCAAAGCCACCGAGCUCCGACUUGGCUUGCCUGGUUUCACCAAAGAUAUCGAGGAAGACGACAGCAAAAUUGGAUUUGUAUCUACUAAGAACUUUUUUCCAGGUGAUAAGCGAGGGUUUUCUGAUGUUGAUGCCGACGAUUGUAGAAAUUGGAGGUUUAAUGGCGGAUGUGACGCUGAUUCGAACAAGGUUUCAUCUUCUUCUGCUUUGUUCUCCUCUAAAAAUGUAAAGUACACCGAUUUGGAGAUAAAUCAGCUUGCAAUUUUAUCUUCUGUCAUGAAUCAAAUCGAAGAGAAGAAGAAAGCUCCAUUUACUACUGAAAAUGGAAGUGCUCCUCCCAUUGCUAAGGCACAAGUGGUUGGAUGGCCACCUAUUCGAUCAUUUCGGAAGAACACCAUGGCCACCAACUUACCAAAAAACGACGGCGUUGCUGAGAAUUUAGGCACCGGAGGCUGCCUUUAUGUGAAGGUUAGCAUGGAUGGAGCUCCAUACUUACGAAAAGUUGAUCUCAAAACCCAUUGCAACUAUGCAGAUCUUUCCAAGGCUCUCGAGAGAUUGUUCACCUGCUUCACUCUUGGCAAAUGUCCUUCUAAUGGGCGUCGAGAAGGUUUAAGUGAAAGUAAUUUAAAGGAACUCCUACAUGGCUCUGAAUGUGUGCUAACAUACGAAGACAAAGAUGGUGAUUGGAUGCUUGUUGGUGAUGUUCCUUGGGAGAUGUUCAUAGACUCUUGCAAGAGAUUAAGGAUCAUGAAAGGUUCCGAAGCAACUGGAUUAGCCCCAAGACCCAUGAGCAGUGGAAGGACAUAAAUCUGGACCCGAUAGCAAUAGGAGCUUUUAUAUUCUUUAUUUGCAGUGUUAGUAAUUUCAUGAGAAUGGGGAAAAAAAGUCACAACUAGAAGAGGUGCUUCCAAUAAGUUUGGUUCCCUUGUUGUGUGCUUAGUAUGUACUUACAUUAAUUAAUGUAAAUGGCUUGUUAA